CGGACCUCCAUCUUUUUCGGUUCCUUGUGGCAACCCGCGUUCCUCACCGGAAAACCGUUCAGUCCACCGUCUCCAGUUCAGCCUGCUGAAAUGGCCAAGCCCAGAGUCUUCUUCGACGUCACCGCUAACGGUGCAUCCAUCGGCCGGGUCGUGAUGGAGCUCGACGCUGACGUGGUCCCCAAGACCGCUGAGAACUUCCGCGCCCUGUGCACCGGCGACAAGGGCUUCGGCUACAAGGGCUCCAUCUUCCACCGCAUCAUCCCCGACUUCAUGUGCCAGGGCGGCGACUUCACCAACCACAACGGAACUGGUGGAAAGUCCAUCUACGGCAACAAGUUCGCUGACGAGAACUUCACCCUGAAGCACACCGGUCCCGGCAUCCUGUCCAUGGCCAACGCCGGACCGAACACCAACGGGUCCCAGUUCUUCAUCUGCACAGCCAAAACAACGUGGCUCGACGGGAAGCACGUUGUAUUCGGGAAGGUGAUCGAAGGGAUGGACGUGGUGAGGAAGAUGGAGUCCUACGGCUCCCAGAGCGGCAAAACCAGCUCCAAGGUCGCCAUCGCCGACUGUGGGCAGCUCUGAGCGCCAGCACUUAACCCUCUCUCAGCCCCCCCCCCACCGCCGUUAUUCAACAUUCCUAUUGAUGGAGAUUCAGCUGCCCCCCCCCGUCCCUCCUUUUGGUUUUUUUAUUCUGUUCUUGUUGAGAUCAUGUUGCUGCAUUUGUGACUUUGCCUUUUCAAAAGUUUCUUUUGCAUUAACGUUUCUUUUUCCACAAAGUCCCAACAGUUUUUUGUUAAGUCAAAAAAAUGAAUAAGAAAAUAAAAGUUGCCUUGACAAUUAAAA